AUGUCCGAUCCGGUGGUUUUACAGUCUGCGGUGCGAGUACCGACUCCCCCUCCAGGAGUAUCGUACUCGCCGCAGCCAUCCAGCGUGCGAAAACGUUCUCCCCCAUCUCGUUCGCCGUCACCCAACCGGCGCAGAUCGCCUCCGGGAGGCCGCCCCAGAGAUGCAACGGAAUUGCCUCAUGUCGAUCCCGAUCGUGCAAAAGAACGAGAGCGACACCUUGCGGAGAGAUUGCAAUCACGAGAAACUCGAGACGCAGCGCGCAAACCGAUGACCGAAGAAGAAAAGCAAGCAGCAGCCAAAGCGGAAUACGACAAGCUCCUCAACAUGCGAUCAGGAGGAACAUAUAUCCCGCCGGCUCGAUUACGCGCCUUGCAGGCUCAGAUCACGGACAAGUCUAGCAAGGAAUAUCAAAGGAUGGCGUGGGAAGCUUUGAAAAAGUCAAUCAACGGUCUAAUCAACAAAGUCAACGUGUCGAAUAUCAAAUAUAUCGUUCCCGAGUUGUUUGGUGAAAAUCUGAUUCGCGGACGAGGACUAUUUUGUCGAAGCAUCAUGAAAGCUCAGGCUGCCUCGUUACCUUUCACUCCCAUCUACGCAGCUAUGGCAGCUAUUGUCAAUACCAAACUGCCUCAGGUUGGAGAACUGCUGCUCGGAAGACUUGUUGUCCAAUUCCGCAAAGCAUUCAAGAGAAACGACAAAGCUGUCUGUAUCUCUUCCACUACCUUCAUUGCGCAUCUGUGCAACCAGCAAGUAGUGCACGAAAUGGUUGCAGCACAGAUACUCCUGCUUCUCCUCCAUAAGCCCACAGAUGACAGCGUUGAGAUUGCGGUCGGCUUGACUCGGGAGGUCGGACAGCAUUUGGAAGAGAUGAGCGGGCCUAUUGCCUUGGCGGUAUUCGACCAAUUCAGAAAUAUCUUACACGAAGCCGAUAUCGAUAAGCGUGUACAAUAUAUGAUUGAAGUUCUUUUCCAGGUCAGGAAAGAUCGUUUCAAGGACAACCCAGCUGUCCGAGAGGAACUCGACUUAGUUGAAGAAGAAGAUCAGAUUACCCAUCGAGUAGGAUUGGAUGAUGAGAUCGACACACAAGAUGGACUGAAUAUUUUCAAAUUCGACGCCGAGUGGCAAGAGCAUGAGGAUGCUUAUAAAAAAUUGAAGGCGGAGAUUUUGGGUGAAGGAAGCGACUAUGAAAGUGGCGACGAGUCAGAUGACAGUUCCGAGGACGAAGAGGCAGAAGCGGAGAACCAGAUGGAGAUUCAAGACCAGAGCAAUGCUGAUUUAGUCAAUUUACGACGUACAAUCUACUUGACUAUCAUGUCCAGUGUGGAUUUUGAAGAAUGUUGUCACAAAUUGAUGAAGAUUUCUCUGCCUCCCGGCAAGGAGCCCGAAUUGCCAUCGAUGAUCAUCGAGUGCUGUUCUCAAGAGCGCACAUACUCGAAAUUUUACGGAUUGAUUGGAGAACGAUUUGCCAAGUUGAACCGGUUAUGGUCAGACCUAUUUGAAGAGUCGUUUGCCAAAUACUACGAGACCAUCCAUCGCUACGAAACAAACAGACUGCGCAACAUCGCUCGCUUCUUUGGCCAUCUUUUCAGCAACGACGCUAUUGGCUGGCAUGUACUUUCUCUGAUCCACUUGAAUGAAGAAGAGACCACCUCUAGCAGCCGUAUCUUCAUCAAGAUUCUUUUCCAAGAUCUUGCUGAGCAUAUGGGAAUGGCCAAACUAAAAGAGCGCUUGACUGAUCCUGUACUUCGACCCAGCUUUAACGGGCUUUUCCCAUUGGACAACCCGCGAAACACCCGAUUCUCUAUCAACUACUUCACCAGUGUCGGUAUGGGUGCGCUCACAGAAGAGAUGCGUGAACAUCUCAAGAAUCUCCCAAAGCCAGCCAUUCCCGCUUUGCCAGCUGCACCGCGAGACGAGUCCGACAAGGAAUCGCCGAGGACGGUCAUAUACAAGAUCCAGAUCUCGAUCAAGAUCGUACUCACGGUCGCCAUCAUAUUCACGAUCCAGGUCUCGCAGUCGGUCUCUCACUCGGUCACCUGUCUCGAUCGCGCUCUGUAUCGCACUCUAGAUCACCAUCCCCUCCUCCACGCGCACGCGACAGACGAGCACGAUCAAACACAAGCUCCGUGUCUCGCUCCCCACCUCCCCGUCGCGGCGGUGACCGAGCCGCUCCUCGCCGGCGUUCAUACAGCCGUUCCCCAUCGCGGUCUCGCACCCGAUCUCGAUCGUACUCUGCAACACCACCACCACCACGAACCAGCCGGCGUUAGUCUUAUCGACUCUGUAGGAUAUUUGCACAUGCACAGGGAUUUCUUUGGAUAA